UUCUGCUUAGUGUUAAAAAGAGAUUGAAUCCCCCACAACAAACAACACUGCUCGCAUCCACAGCGUAAAGAGAGAGAGCGAGAAGGAGUAAGUAAGUUACGUACUUGUAUCUCUAGACCCUCUGGCCGACAUUUUCCGACUUUUCCAAACAGGAGGGAUUCGAUACUUAAUCGGAUCCCAGGCAGUUUGAGUGUGUAAGAGAGGGGGGAUUCCUCAAAUUAUUUAGUACCAUUGUAUCAAACUAACUAACAUUUUUUGGUGGAAGUGUUCCUUCCUUCCGACCAGUCGUGUGGGGCGGCGGAGGAGAAAAUUUGGCAAUUUUUGACCACAGCCAAGCUUAACGAGACCAGCGGUUCGCUGGUUAGUUAGAUGACGCCCUACGAAUAGAACGCACGCUGGAGUGGAGAUAACAAUGAAACAACUAGUCAUGAUCAUCUUCUUCUUGUGUUGAUGUUGUGAUUCUUUUAAUAAUACGGAUACAAGUGAAAGCAACAGAGAGAGAGAGAGUAAUAGGCUUAUCUGCACCGAGCAAUAAAAAUGGUUUUAAAAAUAGUAUAAUACAAUUUGACUUGAAUCGUCGUGAUAGUUGCAACAGUUUGGAGGUGGAGUCACAUGGACACCUAAUUUUAAAGUGGUGACAUGUAAUUGGUGGGUUGUCACGAUAGAAAGGUGACGGCAAGUUGUGGACACUACUAUUAGUAAUUUCUUGAGAUUCUAUCAAAAAGAGGAGAAUUAGAAAUGACAGAGAUUUAAUAACUGACAACAACCUUUGGGAAUUUAGUGGUGGUGGGAUAAGGUUUUAUCUUCUUGACGACUCUUUAUUCUAGUCCUUGUUGGUGGGUGUGAGUGGAAGUAGUCCUUCGUAAAUAAUCUGGAGAAGUACGAAGUUAAGCGAUGGAGCACUAUUAAAUGGAAUAAUAAUUUGAAGUUAUGUGUAAGAGAUUCAUUGUAAAAUCCUUAAUUAAUUGUACUACUGAUCAGCUGGAACAAAAAGGAGUUCAUUUUUGGUGACAUCGAUCUCUCCUGCAUAAGCCUUCUCCAUCACCUUGGCCGUGGUGUAGUAGCGCACAAUUUUCUUGCCAACUCCUUCCCUCACAGGAUGGAGAGGUCUGAAGUGAAUAAAGACCAUUCUCAGCAGCAGCAGCAGUUGGUGCAGGAAUUAAAACAAGAGGAAGACCACGACCACGACCAUAACUCUGCCAACACGACGACCACUAUAAUUUGUGAGUGCGACGGCUCUGGGAAUUUGCAGCAAGUCGAUAACUCUUGUCAACCCGUCUCUGUAUCGCUCCAAGAUCAAAACUUGGAUAAUCAGCAGACAGAAAUUAGAAUAAAAGUGGACGUCGACGACACCACCUCCGUGGAGGACCAUCUUGCUCAACUUGGUCAUACCAACGUCACAACUGCGAGUAUAAUCACCAUUCCCGUCGUACCAUAUACCGUUAUUGGGGACGCGGAUGGGGUAAGUGGUUAUUUAGAGAACGGUCAAUCAAUCUCAGUCUCUCUGGCAAAUCCUGAAGCAUUGACGCACCAUCAGUUACAAACUCAUCAAAUCCAACAGGCCCACCUACAACAGCACCAUCAUCACCACACCUCCCAAUCGCAACAGCUGCACCAAGUGACAGUGAAGACAGAACCUGGGCUGCCCCAGCCACCUCUGCAAAACUCCAAACACCAAAACCCAAUCACGCAUCUCACGUGGGAAGAGGCAGUCAACGCUGCUGUGCUCCCCAUCCGGUGUAAAGAUACUAACGCAGAGUUGUACAAAGCCAAGUUCGGGUCAGGAAACAAGGGCAAGUGUAUCAAGUCGGGAGAUCAGUGGUUUACGCCCACAGAGUUUGAAGCGCUGUGUGGGAGGGGGAAUAGUAAAGACUGGAAGCGAUCUAUUCGCUUUGGGGGAAGGACGUUACAAACUUUGAUAGACAAAGGAUACCUAGUACCGCACGCAUCGAGUUGUAUUUGUAGCAAUUGUGUGGACGACUCGUCCGCGACUGGACCUAUCCGACCAUUUACCCCAUACCAAAGAAAAAGAAAGAAUCAACAGGGCGACUCAUCCAAGUCAAAGUUGGAGAGGUUACAAUCCAAGGAUUCUAAUACUGACGAGUCGUCUGACGUGGGGACUCCUAUAACGCCUUGUGGGAUAACGCCAAGUAUGAACCCUCUGACUCAAGCGUUAAUGAAGAUGAAUCAAGCGUCUCCACCCACAACGGAGGAGGCAUGGAGAAAUCUAGAAGACAUGGUAGAAAAAAUAGCGCAAGCCGCUCUCUUAAUGAAGCAAAUGGUGAAGGACAUGAAAGAGCGGACCCACCAGGAAACGGAAUCCCUCAGAUCUCAGUUGCAAGAACAACAGGAAAUGCAAAAUCUGCAAAACCUCGCCAAUUCGCAACAAGCACAGCAGCAGCAACAAACACAAAUUACUGUGGAUGGGAUAACCCGAAAUUUAAUAGAGUCCCCCCAAAUCCUCAGAAUAUUCGACUCAAAUCGUAUUCAAACAUACUCCAUAGAGGUGCUGGAUCCAGAAACAUUUAAAACACUAUCAGCAUCAAAGAAUUUACAGGAAAUACAUUAAGAAAGGGUGUGCCAUUUAAAAUCAUACUAUUGUGGAGCGCGUGUAAUCACAAGUGAGAGCUACCAAUUGGUUUUAAAAUUGGAUUUUAUAUGUAUGUAUACAUAUUACAUGUAUACAUGACAAAUGUAUUCAUUUGUUAACAAAGUUCAAUAUUUCCUCCUCUAAUUGAAGGUCGAAUUUUUCAAACAGUUGAUUUACUUUCUUUGAACAGGCUCUGGGCCUGAGGCCCAACUCCAAGCCGCUCAACCAACUUUACACUAAAUUUGUGCAAAGGUUUGAAGUCGAAUCCAUGUUUAUUGCAAGAAACGUACUUUAGCAAACAAAUUUAGAACCACAUCGUGAUUACCAAUCAGCAGCACCACUUGACUUAGUGCUUCGACAAAUCCCACAAGCAAAGAAAAAAAAACCAAGCACAUAACAACCACCCAUAUUUUCAAAAUCAACACUACUACUAGUGCUCUGUUCUGUUGCGCUGCUGCUAGACUGCUUCGAGAGUCCAGAAUAUUUUCUCCAGCGGUGAGGUGACAAAAAGAACCGAUUUUACAAACUUAAACAUUUAGUGAACAAUUAAUAGUUAAGUAGAAACUUACAACAUCUUCAACUUAUACUUGUAUUACGUACUACUACUACUACAGUUACAACUACUUACAUAUACGGCCACAAACCUCUAAUAAUAAUAAUAAAGAUAAGUCAACCAGCAAAAGUAUUGGUGGAGUGUGGGAGGAGAACGAUCAAGUGCUCCACAUAAUAAUUAAUUAAUGCGGACAAGAAAAAUUGUGCGUUAACUUCUCGUCUCCUGUCAAUAAGCUAUACUUCUUCUACUACUACCAUUACUAAUUGCUGGUACAGCCUUCCGACAUCGAAAUUCUCACCACCCUUUUGUCCCUUCACUAAAAAGAUGGAGUAUUUAUAUCGAAUGACUAAUAACUAAGAUAAGCUGAGUUAUGCUACAAAGCUCCUACGGUAACAUCCGGAAUGUCAUUAUUAUACAAGUACAUAUGUAUUUACCCACAAGUGCGUGUGUUUGUAUGCACAUCUACUUCAAGGAUAGCUUUUUGUGGCAUACACGACUCGUUCGUUAGUUCGUUCUUUUGUAGCAGUGAAAGCAGUGGUGAAAGUGUUUUUGUACUUCCAUUUGUUUCAUAACAUGUUACAAACUCAGUUAACAGGAAAAAUUGAACUGAUUAUCUAAGUUAUAAACUAUUAUUCUUAUUAUUGGUGACACAAAAAUAAAAUAUCUCACACAGAAACUCCAACUUUACACGGACAGAGUUUCGUACGUAUAUUCUUCAUGAUUUGUCCGUCUGUCUGUCCCUUUCCUCUAUUUGAAAUCAACAAAGUAACAAUUUGUAUAAAAAGUGCUGAGUCAAGUCAAGUGUAGUCCGUAGGAGUAAGUAAUGCUGUAUAAUGUCGUACCGUGUAAUUUAAGUGCACAUUAUGUAGCAUAACAAUAUUUGCAUGAUAUGAUGUGAUUCUGAUGAUUCUUGUAGUUUUCAUAGUUCGGCUUUAACUGCAAGCAUUAUUUGAUAAUAAUGCACAUGAUUUCGACAUAAUCCAUAGAAUUUGUAUAACUACCCGUUGUCUGCCACUACCACUACAACUACAAUUACUCGUACAUACUUAUAUAUGUAUAUCGCUGAUGAUUCAUUAAUGUAUUGGUUAGUUCUAAGUCAGGCCACUUCAGUGUUACUAUUAUUUAAUAUUUAUAUCCAUAAAGAAAAACAGAAGACGACAAAUCGAUUGGCAACUCGACAUAUUCACAAACUUCUCAACACGAUGUUGUUUUCAAAAUUUGACAAUGCCAAGAAACUGAAUUUAAGUACUUAAAUCUUUACCUUUAUGUAUCAUCAGUUAGCAUGUAUGAACAUCAACUCGUCUGCGUUAUGUUAGCAUAUAUUACUUUUACCCUUUGCAGCAGCGUUCAUGUACACCCGAUUGCAUAUUACUAAAAUUGAUGAAAUUAUUAUUAUUGUGACCACUACUACAACAAUUUUUUGUUUAGUGUAUUGUAUAUUACCUGUGAAUAUUAUUUUGUAGUUCUACUAAAGCAAAUCCCCAAAAGCGUUUAUGUUUGCUAUUGCCACGAACAACUCAACAACAAUUAUUUCCCCAUGUCUUACACUGUCUUUAUGUUUGUUUUAAUUCUUACGAGAUAUUAUUGCUGAAAAAGGGGUCAUGGCUUCGUUAGGUUGUUAUCUUAUUGACAUAAGCUGUUAAGCUACAUAUAUUGGGUGGCGACGUUAUAAAACUAAUUUUGUUAAAUGGACGGUAUAAAACAAUGUAUACCUACUGUUAUACUCACCGGAUAAAUCAAUGCUAUUUUUAUUUCCCGUACAAUAAGGCAUGUGCCACCGUGUAUUUUUCGUCAUUUGUAUAGCUCAGUAAUACCACCACACCCCCAGCAGAAGCAGUGCAACGCUACUCCAAACGAAAUCCAGGACCCCAAAUGCCCUUCUCUUAUUUGACUAUCACGUACUUUCAUUCACUUAAUUGUUGUCUCUUCAUCAGUAUAUGUGUUUUUGCUACUAAUCAGUCAGUCAUCGCGAAAGAGGGAGAAUCAUCAAGACGACUCCGUAUUUUGUAAAUAGUCAACUUUAUUAAGCGAUUAAAGUCUAUUCAUUGAAAAGUCUCAACAAGAUUUGCCUUAGGUGGCAAAAAAAUGGCAAUACUUUUUUCCGGAUGCAUGAGAACAUGACUCGUUUUUGACUAGUGCACAGUGCAAUGAAUGAAUGACACCGAGACAAUUACAUUGCUUAUCUGUGUUGUAUUAUUACGAACAAAUUAAUUUCAGAGUUUUUUUUAAUUUUUGCAAACCUUCCAAUCCUUUUUUUAUAAAAAAUAUUUAUUCCCUAUUUUAGGCUUCAAGAGCAAUUAAAAAUUUCAAUUAGUCGAUACUAAUUUAUUGUUGGUGAAAGUAAAAAUAAUUGACGGCUUAAUAAUAAUUGUUUGUGCGAUAGUGAGUAAAUUCACACACUUCUAACCUAGCAUAUAUUUACUACAAACUUGCCAGUAAGUCAAACACAGUAUGUUUCAUUAUGUGGAAGGAUAUAUGUAUGUACAUACAUAGAUCAGAAUGAGAUAGAUGAGAAUUUUACAAAAUUAUUCAAGAGCUGUCAACUAGAAUGUGUUGAAUAAUAAUAAAAACGAUGAAUGAUUUUCAAUUUUUGAUUAGAAAACAUUUUACACUUUGACUUUAUUCCGAGUUUAUAGCAAGUCGAAUUGUCCAUUAUAAUACAUAGAUAUGCCAAAAACAGGAGUAUAUAAGCGUCGUCUAUCUCUGUGCUAAAAACAACAAUAAAUUACAAACUUAGAUAC